GCACAGAUCUCACACUGCGGGGUUGGCUCCCGAUUGUAUACAUUCACUGGCCUGAGAUCGCCUGCACCUCUUUCCAACGACAUUGAUGGUAAUUGGUGUUGUCCUGCUGAUCCUUUGCACAGUGCCCUGGACCAAGAAACAGCUACAGUUGUCUACUUGCACUCCCUGCACACGCAGACUGAGGACCUAGCAUUCAAUUGCAGACCUGGUCCCAAGUCCGGGCAUACAACCACAGACAGGAUUGCCCACAUGCUCCAGACCAAGAUUGAGGAUCAGACGGCGCAAUCUGGACAUCAUACCCAAGGGUAUGGGGGUGAGGGUUGUCUCUCUUUGUCUUGGGGAGAGACGGAAGCCGGAUCCAUCACUGACUUUACGGCUGCAGACUUGCAAUGUUUAUAUCCGGUGAAACAACAAGACAGAGUGCCACCAUUGGGCUUCGGCCCCCUGCGCUGUCCUGAGAAGACCACUGAUAUGCGAUGCACUGAGAAACGAAGCUUUCGAAGGGCAUGCAAUCGGGACUGUCCACUGAUCGGAUGGCUGAGAUACAGGCCUGGGCACAACUACGUGACGUUGAUGCAGUUGUUCUGA